AUGGCGUUGCGUUUGUUCGCCAUCAGUUCAUAUGCUGCCGGUGAGGAGGAUCUUGCUCCUCAACUCAUCUCGCUUCAUGGGACGCGUACAGGCGGCCACAUCAGGCGAGUGCAGGAACUUUUUUUCUAUAUAAGCGAUGUUUCUUCCUCCGUGAAACCGUUGAAUGCAACCUGCCUGGAAACCCGUGGAUGGCAUGGAUGGGAUACCAUGGAAGAGACAUGGGCAGCUGGGAUAUGGCCGCCGGACGCCCCAGUAUUUCCAACCAGUUCUCAGUCCGAACUCAGAAAUAACAUGUGGAAUGUAGAUUCCUUCAUUGUAGUACUAGGGAGAGUUCGAUGCCAGGCGAACAACACCAAGACAGACCGGAAUGCAUUCGCCCUGGAGGUCUUGAAGUCUAUUGUAGAUCUGCAUUUCGCAAAACUGUUUUGA